UAAUUAUAUAAAAACUUCAAAAUUCUAAAUACAUAUAAAAGCAAUAUAAAAACAAUCAUAUGUAAAUGUUAAUUCUGAUCCAAUCUAAAUGGGCAGGGCUUGUCUGGCCUUAAUGGGCCUAUCCUACAUGGCAGAGGUUCUUUCACGGAAUAAUCAAUGGCGCGAUACAUAACAUAACGCUCUCUGCUCUCUAACAGAGCAUCAUCAUCAGCGAGUGAGUGAGAGAGAGAAAUGAGUAUUCAAAUCUGUAAUUUCCCGUUCCAUCCGCGCUUCGCGCUUCAACCAAGGGGCCCCCGAACCGCCGCGAGGUCUAGACGUGUCUUCGCUUCAGGGUCUGAUCAGCAGCAACAACUCAAUCUCUCCGUCCUUCGCUUCACUUUCGGGAUUCCUGGGCUGGACGAAUCUUAUCUACCGAGGUGGAUCGGGUACGGGUUCGGAUCGCUUAUUCUUCUCAAUCACUUCUCAGCUUCUUCUCCAAUCAACCAAUCUCAGCUGAGAUCAGAGGCUUUAGGGUUAUCACUUGCUGCUUUCUCCAUAGCUUUACCUUACUUUGGCAAGUUCCUUAAGGGUUCUGAAGUAGAGAAGAGAAGCUUACCUGAAGUGGGAGAACAAGUGUUUGUUAUAUCACCAAGUAUUGGAGACUUUUUGAAAGAGGACUUGGCUUGGGGAACUUAUGUGUUGUUAAGGAAUACAAGUACCGUUGCAGUGAUGAUAUCUCUUCAAGGUGAGCUUUGUGUUCGUGGGUACUGGAAUUUCCCUGGUCAAAUGUCAAAGGCUCAACUACAUGACUGGUUCAAGAGAAAGGUUGAUGAAAUAGGCCUUGCUGAUGUUAAGGAGACCCUUUAUUUCCCUCAGUAUGCUGGUUCUGCACUGUCUUGGGAUAUUCUUCCUGAUGGGACGCGUUCUGUUUUUGUGCAACCUCUCGUACAAAAUGUGGAAUCGGAGAAAAUGGAUGGGUUUUUGCUGGUGGCUUCUACUGCUGGAUAUGCAUAUAGCGAUAAAGAUAGAGCCUGGAUUGGAGCCAUGGCUGAUAAAUUCAGAGGUUAGAUAGUUCUUAUGGAUGUAAAUGAUAUUAAGGAUUUGUUGCUUCUCCUUUUUCUUUUUUGUGCGUUUUUGUUAAAUUGAGUAAACUCUGAAAAAGUUUCCUCAUGUUAUUUAUGCUUUCUUGCUGUUCCAUAUAAUUGUGAGAUGACUU